AGGUGGGAAAUCCCAUGGUCCUGCUGUGCAUCCCUCCGGGACGGCUGUCCGAAUCCUCGUCCGCCAGGCAGUUUUGGAAUCGGAAAAAGAAGCUCUUCCUCCUCUAAAAUCCUGGUUGAACAGUAUAGUGCCUCCCAUCCAAGUCCCAUGUUUUAUGAGUAAAUAUACUGAGGGAGAUUCACCUGGAGAAGGAAAGGGGCUGGAACUGAGGUCACUGCAUCCCAGGCCAGGGCCGUGAAUCACCUGAGAAGGGAAGAGCAAGGAGCAAGUUUUCUCACUCCCAGGCUGGAGCUCAGAGCCAGCCCAAGGCAGGGGAGUAAGUUAGUGCCACCCCAUGCCCACCGUGUUCUGUAAAUAAAUCUCUUCCUGCCUGCCCUGGCACUGGAGUCUGUUCCACUUUCCUCCUGCCCCUAGCAUCCCUCUCAUCCUGGCGCUUCUCACUGGGGCAUUCCUUCCUGUCCCCGUCCUGCUCCUUGGGCCUGAACAAACAUAUCCACCCUUUAUUCACAGCCUCCAGCCCUCGUUUACCCCGCUCCAGAAUUCCAUUUUCCAGAGUCCACAACAUUUGUUCUUACCAGCCUUAUGGGGUUUCCCACUGUCCCCAACAAGUUGGAUGGGUUCCUUAAGGGUCCAUGUUGGUCCAUCUUUCAGGAUGAGCCUGUGGAGUGGGAGACAUCAGACCUUUCUCAGGCUGAGAUUGAACAGAAGAUCAAGGAGUACAAUGGCCAGAUCAACAGCAACCUCUUCAUGAGCCUGAACAAGGAUGGCUCCUACACAGGCUUCAUCAAGGUUCAACUGAAGUUGGUGCGCCCCGUCUCAGUGCCCUCCAGCAAGAAGCCACCCACCUUGCAGGAUGCCCGGCGAGGCCCAGGGCGGAGCGCUGCAGUGAGGCGCCGCACCUCCUUCUACCUACCCAAGGAUACUGUCAAGCACCUGCAUGUGUUGUCACGCACGCGGGCACGAGAGGUCAUUGAGGCCCUGCUGCGCAAGUUCUUGGUGGUGGAUGACCCCCGCAAGUUUGCGCUCUUUGAGCGGGCUGAGCGCCAUGGCCAAGUGUACCUCCGGAAGCUGUCAGAUGAUGAGCAGCCCCUGCGGCUGCGGCUCCUUGCCGGGCCCAGUGAGAAAGCCCUAAGCUUUGUCCUGAAAGAGAAUGAUUCUGGGGAGGUGAACUGGGAUGCCUUCAGCAUGCCUGAACUCCACAACUUCCUGCGCAUCCUACAGCGGGAGGAAGAGGAACACCUCCGCCAGAUCCUGCAGAAGUACUCCUACUGCCGCCAGAAGAUCCAGGAGGCCCUGCAUGCCUGCCCCCUGGGGUGACCUUAUACCCCUGGGUAGAAGGAGGAGAGUAGGCAGCACAAAGGGCGUGCCGUGUGAGUGUGACAGGGCCUGUGUGGCCUGAGGAAUGAGUGUGCAUGGAGGCCCUCAUCUUGCUGGUGGAAUGAACCCAGAGAAUGGCGAAGGAUCUGGCCCUGCGUCCACCCAUGUGCGCCCUCUGCCGUUCAUGUACUGAGUCAUGGUGGGCCAGGGCUGCCCUGGGAAGGUGCUCCAGGCUUGCAGCAGAGGUAGAGCAGACAGACGUCUCUCUCCUUAAUUCGUGUCUCAGAUGCGAGAAUCUAGGAGACCCAACAAACAGAAUAGGGUCAUGUUUGCAGGGAUGAGGACUCUCAUGUAUGAAGAGAGGUAUGUUUUGGAUCUUGGAUGGGGUCUCAGGGCAACCCUAUCAAAGCCAGUAGUGGGUGUUCAAGAUAAGCAAGAUAAGACAGACAUCAAGGAAGAGUCUAGAUUUCCCUCUACAGUACCCUCUGGUGCUAUCUCAUGGUGUAGUAACAGUGCCUCAGUGCCUCCUCCAAGGAGGAUGUCCCUGGACGGGGUCUGUGUGAAUGUGGGCACUGGUCGAAGUCCACGCCUUGUUUGCCAGUCAAAGCCAGGGUCUUUACUUCGGGUAUUUUUGAUGAUGUGUGUGAAUGUAUAUUUUGUGGCCUCAGCUGAAUGCCUCCUGUGGGGAAAGGGGUGGGGGUGACAGUCAUCAUCAGGGCCUGGGGCCUGAGAAAAAUUGGCUGAAUAAAGAUUUAAGAACCUCCUGCUUUUAGAUUCUGUAUUAUGGGCCCUCAGCCCCAGUUGCCCUUCAUGCCAGUGGCUGCCCAGGGUGAUGGACAGGCUCACAGAGCACCUUUUCAAGGUCACCAUGGGACCAAUCUAUGAAGGAUUUGUGGUACAGAUAUGUAAGUCAGCACCCUGGGCUCAGGUCUUGAUAAGAAUAUCAGCUGCAGCUAGCGCUUAGGGAAACCACACACCCUGCAAGCUGUGAGAGGCGCUUCACCAAAUAUUUAUCGAGCCACUACUGAGGACCUGACACUCACUGCUCAUGGCACCGAAAGUACGUCUGUUAAUUCUUGCCUUCCUGAAGCAUACCUUCUGCUGGGUUUGUAAAGAACACUGAAUUUGAAUUCUUAAGGCCUUAAUGUGGCUGUAUGACAUUUGGCCAGUUCCUUAAUUUUCCAUAGACUUGGUUUCUUCUCCACAUGCCACAGUGGUGAUCGAAAAAAAACGGCGUGGGAAUAGAAUGAGGCCAGAGAGGCACCGCGCCACCUGGCCUGGGGUCAAAAGAGUGCUGGUGGUUGGG